GAUGAGGAGGAUGAGGAGGAAAGCGAAGAGAAGAACAAGGACGAGGCUGAGGAGGAGGAUGAGGAUGAAGGGGAGGAUGAGGCUGAGGAUGAGGAGGAUGAGGAUGGGGAGGCUGAGGAUGAAGGGGAGGAUGAGGAUGAUGAAGGGGAGGAUGAGGAUGAUGAAGGGGAGGAUGCUGAGGAUGAAUGGAAGGAUAAGGAGGCUGAGGAUGAAGGGGAGGAUGAGGCUGGCGAUGAUGAGGACGGCGCCGAG